AUGAUAAUCAUAUCAGAUAUUAAAUCAACCUAUCUGAAAGGUUCACCGAAGAGUUUAGAAGAAGAAGGAGAACAUAAAGAAUAUAGAGAAUAUAGAGAAGAACAAAUAGAACAUGAAGAUAAUAUACCUCAAGCAUCAAGAAAAAAAUUAAAUUUAAAUAAUUCAUUAGUAAUUACUGGAAUGUUAGAAAAAGUAAUAGUUAAUUUAUAUAAUGCAAUGAAAUUAUAUUGGAAUAAUGAAAAAAGUGAGACUCUUAUUUUAGCAUUACUUGAUCCUCAAAUUAAAUCUUUUAAAUUUAUUGAUGAAGAAAUUCGCAACAAAACAAAAAAACUAUUGAAAAUUAAAUAUAAUGAACUUAAAAUUAAUACUUCAUCAACUAAUAAUACUACUAUUAUAAUAACAACAUCAGAACCAUCCAUAUUUUUGAUUUUUGAAUGA